CGGGCCGGCGGGCGGCGGACUAUGAGGCGCCCACCAUGGUGCGAUGCGACCGCGGGCUGCAGAUGCUGCUGACCACGGCCGGAGCCUUCGCCGCCUUCUCGCUUAUGGCCAUCGCCAUCGGAACCGACUACUGGCUCUACUCCAGCGCGCACAUCUGCAACGGCACCAACCUGACCAUGGACGACGGGCCCCCGCCCCGCCGCGCCCGCGGCGACCUCACCCACUCGGGGCUGUGGCGGGUAUGCUGCAUCGAAGGGAUCUAUAAAGGGCACUGCUUCCGGAUCAAUCAUUUCCCCGAGGACAAUGAUUACGACCACGACAGCUCAGAGUAUCUCCUUCGCAUCGUCCGCGCCUCUAGCGUCUUCCCCAUCCUCAGCACCAUCCUGCUUCUGCUCGGCGGGCUCUGCAUCGGCGCCGGGAGGUUCUACAGCCGCAAGAACAACAUCGUCCUCAGUGCUGGCAUCCUCUUUGUGGCUGCAGGCCUCAGUAACAUCAUAGGCAUCAUCGUCUACAUUUCCAGUAACACAGGCGAUCCAAGCGACAAGCGCGAUGAAGACAAAAAAAACCACUACAACUACGGCUGGUCUUUUUACUUUGGAGCCCUGUCAUUCAUUGUGGCCGAGACCGUGGGUGUCCUGGCCGUGAACAUUUACAUUGAGAAAAAUAAAGAGUUGAGAUUUAAGACCAAACGCGAGUUCCUUAAGGCUCCCUCCUCGUCCCCCUACGCCAGGAUGCCCAGCUACAGGUACCGGCGACGGCGCUCGCGGUCCAGCUCGAGGUCCACCGAGGCCUCGCCCUCCAGGGACGUGUCACCAGUGGGCCUGAAGAUCGCCGGGGCCAUCCCCAUGGGUGAGCUGUCCAUGUACACUCUGUCCCGGGAGCCCCUCAAGGUGACCACCGCCGCCAGUUACAGCCCCGACCAGGAGGCCAGCUUCCUGCAGGUGCAUGACUUCUUCCAGCAGGACCUGAAGGAAGGCUUGCACGUCAGCAUGCUGAACCGGCGGACGACCCCCGUGUGAGCACCCCUUUCUAGCACCAACCUCUCCCCCAGAACGGCUGUUUGGAUCCCACACGAGGGCACUGAACCCUUAAGACGGACCCACAAUGGACUGAAGCCAAACCCAACCCUCCCGGGUCUCCAGAUGUGUCAUGGGCUGGCUCAGAGCGACGUGCCAGGAGACUAGAACCAGAAGCGGAAGGCUGACUUUAGCUCCCCAAAGGCUGUUCUGAUGCCCCGGGUUCCAAAAUCUCCCAGGAGGCCAAGCGCUCUCCUGAGGCUGCCCAGCCUUCACCAACCUGAGUAAAUAAAAUCGAGCCAUUAUUUCCUGUUGGAAACAAAUCUUGCCAGAAGAAUGGGUUUCCGGGGCCUUCCCUCCCUGCCUGGGCGAUGGCCACCAAGGUAUUCACCAGGCAAAUGGAGGCCUUAGGAUACUGGUCAGCCGCUUUUCAACCUGGGGUUGCCGUGUCUGGGAGCUGGAAACGUGGAAGCCGAAGCUUGCCCCUUCCUCCCUUCUGUCUGUCUGUCUCCCUCUGGCAGUAGCCUGUUGUCAAAAUAACAGUAAUCCUGAGGAGAAAGCCCUGCAGCCAACUGGUGCUUUGGCCUGUGUGCUGCCCUGGGGCUGGCUCCCCUGGCCCUGAGGAGGAAUCCACAGAAUGGGAGGCCUUCACUGGCCUGGGCAUGAGGUAAAGGCUGGAGUCUGUUGCUGGGUUUCCUAUCUGCUUCUGGAACUUUCUGCCUCACACAGAAAGAGCAGAACACACUAACUGUACUUGAGAGUCCAGAAGAUUCCAUGGGUCAGAGGAAAGGUGGUCACGUGGCCUCUUGCUUUGUCCCGCCCAACUGGCCUGACUAGCAACUCUGUCUCUCCUGGGGGAGGUGGAGGGCAGAUACCCUCUCCCAUGGGUGUUUAGCAACAGAAGCUUGAACUCCUGGGCAAGAAAGGGAGACCCAAGGGUCAACAGUGACCAAAAAAAUCAGAGAACAAACAUCCAUUUCCUAGGUGGUUAUUAAUCACGAUUUGUUGCAAAUAAAUGCCAGGAGAGCAAGUUACAUUCAUUCCCUCAUUUUCAAAGUAGCAGAACACCUCGCCCAACUCCUACUGUUGUAAUUUAUUCUGCCACCACCUGAAAGGGCUCAGUGAGGAAGUUUGGAUGAAGGGCCAGGCUAUGCUUUUCUUCCUCCUCAUGAAAGGGACGUCUCAGCGCUUUGGAACUGAGGAGGCAGGUUCCCUGUUUGACAUUUUUUUUCCAAACAUUUUUCCACUUCCUGAAGCCAGGAGAGAACAUGGAAGCAUGUCUGGGUUCAGAAGAAAAACUGUCUGGAACAUGGAGCUUACCCUCUUUUAUAUAAAACACGUGCUUUCUAAAGACACAUCCUUUCUUACUUUUUGAGACUUGGUCAUACCACCUUGAGCAGUUGUCUGUGAUGCCAGUAGCUGUGUACUUAGAAGUGACAAGCAAAUUCUUACCUCAGCCACCUGCUCACCUAGCGGACUCGGCCCCUAGGGGUUCACAUCCAGAUCAUGGUCAUUGCCAUCCUCCUUUUGCCCCCAGAGAGGAAAUCUCCACUGUCCCAUCUCUAUUGGAUGCCCCUGUGUGCUGGUGAGCUGAGGCGUGGCGUCCCUGGCCUCUCUGUGCUUGCUCAGAACCCUUCCCUCCCAUUGAGGUUGGCUUUGUGUGGUGGUUUGUCCAAGCAUGUACAACAGUGAAUGCUGGAGAGCCAGGGCUCAUGGCCUGCCCCUGCUGUGGACCAACCUUGUCCCCAUGCCCUAAUCCCAGGCCACCCGCACCCCCUCUACGCCAUGACACCAUCUUUCCAGGCUAGAAAGAAGGGGGUGAAAUCGGGGGACCCAUCACCCAGCAAGGCCCAGAGACUCUUCUGUCAUUUCCAAAAGCAAGGCAGCCUUGCUGUUUCUUCCACAUAAGUUUCUAUCAGCUCUGGAAGUUUCUGUCAUCUCAUGGAGAAAGCUGUGCUCCAAUGAAUCCUACCUCUUGCCCAGUCCCAGGCAGAGAACGCAGAGCCCACUCUAGUUCCUAGAAAGAGUAGAAAGAAGCGACAGAGCAGGGAGAACAACCUCAGACCCCCUGGUCUUCACAGCCUUUCUCCACACUGCCGCCCCAGGCUCUGGGAGGGACCCUCGUCUGUGGUCUGUCCCCUCCUCCUCAUGGUAUCCCGGCCAGGGCAUGCUUGGAGAAGGGACCGGAGCUGGCCCCCUGCCAACUACCAGUCUGAGACCUUGCGCCCACGGGGCAGAUGUGGUGGCCUGUGCCCACCUCCUCACCACCCUCCCGUGCCACCUUCCUCUCCCACCAGCCCCUGUGUGUUUCGCCAAUUAAGCACCUGUGAA